UCCGGUCGCUUGGGACACGGAAGGACCCCAGCGUGUGCUCGCAGUCAGUCACAAUAUUAGCUCACAGGCUAACUUAGUAACAGCCCCGCGCAGGCAGGAAGCGCUGGAGAUGGCUGAGGUGAAGGUGAAGAAGGAGACGAACCUGUCGGACCCCGUGGAGGUCGAGAACAGGAUCAAAGAGCUGUGUCAGCAGUUCCCUCAAGGUAUCACGGACCAGGUGAUUCAGAACGACAUGCCUCACCUGGAGCCACAGCAGAGAGCCAUGGCCAUCAACAAGCUGCUCUCAUUGGGUCAGCUGGACCUGCUGAGGAACAGUGCAGGUCUCCUGUACAGACUGAAGGACUCACAGAGCACCAGUAAAAUGAAGGGCUCAGACAACCAGGAGAAGCUGGUCUAUCAGAUCAUCGAGGACGCAGGAAACAAAGGAAUCUGGAGCCGAGACAUCCGCUUCAAGAGCAACCUGCCUCUGACCGAGAUCAACAAGAUCCUGAAGAACCUGGAGAGCAAGAAGCUCAUCAAAGCUGUGAAGUCUGUGGCCGCGUCGAAGAAGAAGGUGUACAUGUUGUACAACCUGCAGCCCGACCGCUCUGUGACGGGCGGCGCCUGGUACAGCGACCAGGACUUUGAGUCCGAGUUCGUGGAGGUUCUCAACCAGCAGUGCUUCAAGUUCCUGCAGAGCAAGGCGGAGGCGGCCCGAGACAGCAAGCAGAGUCCGAUGGUUCAGAGGAACAGCUCCUUCGCCACGUCGCACGAAGUCUGGAAGUACAUCUGCGAGCUGGGCAUCAGCAAGGUGGACCUGUCUAUGGACGACAUUGAGACCAUCCUGAACACGCUCAUCUACGACGGGAAGGUGGAGAUGACCGUGAUCGCCGCCAAGGAGGGCACGGUGGGCAGCGUGGACGGGCAGAUGAAGCUGUACCGCGGCGUGAACACCAUCAUCCAGCCCACCGGCCUCGUCAAGACGCCCUGUGGACUCUGCCCGGUGUUCGACGACUGCCACGAGGGCGGAGAGAUCUCGCCAUCCAACUGCAUCUACAUGAGCGAGUGGUUGGACUUCUGACGCCACGCGUUCCUCUGUGACGGAAGCUUCACUUCCUGUUCGUCACAGACGUGAAGAAGCUGGCGGCCUUAGUUCCUGUGACGAUGGCGUGCAGCAGUGUGUCCCGGUUCUGGUUCUGGAGGCGCAAUGUUUGUUUUCUGGAGCUGCUUCACUGUUUCUGUUUGACAUCGUUAAUCUUUGAGGUCGUCUUAUUGGUCCCAUCAUGGUCACAUGGUCUCAGAUGUUUUGGUAUAAUGCCGCUCCCACCUGCAAACGCUCUGUAGUACAACCGCAUUUUUGUGUGCGUGUGUGUGUG